AUGAGGGUGCCCUUUUUCCAACUUCUAUGCCUAAAUGCCGCCUUUGCGAGCGCCCAAGUUGUCUCGGGUGCUGCUGAGGGUUUCGCAGCUGGUGUGACUGGCGGUGGCGAUGUAUCACCUAGCUACCCCGAAACAAACGAGGAGCUUGUCGCCCUGCUGGAGAGCGAUGAGCCCCAAGUCGUCGUACUUACUAAGACAUUUGAGUUCAUUGGAACUGAGGGAUCCACCACCGAAGACGGAUGCGCGCCCUGGGGCACGGGGGAGACCUGCCAACUCGCUAUCAAUGCUAAUGGAUGGUGCGGUGAUAACCCGGUCGCAACGGUCACAUAUGAUAAUGCUGCCAUGAACGGCAUCCGUAUCAAGUCGGACAAGACACUUGUUGGUGAGGGAGAUGCCGGUGUGCUCAGUGGGAAGGGGCUCUAUUUUGAGGGUGGUGUUUCCAACAUCAUCGUGCAGAACAUUAAAAUCACGAACCUCAACCCUAGCCUUGUCUGGGGUGGCGACGCCUUUACCUUCUUUGGCGCUGACCUGAUCUGGAUCGACCACUGCGAAACUUCCCUUAUCGGACGCCAACAUUACGUUACCGGCUUCAACCCCAACACCCGCAUGACCUGGUCGAACAACUUCCUCAACGGUGUGACCACACACUCCCCAGGGUGCGAUGACCACCAUUACUGGACGCUGGAGCUAGUCGGCGUUGGGGACGAGAUCACCUUCCAGAGCAACUAUGUCUACCACACCACCGGGCGUGGGCCUGCUCUCUCCGGUACGACUCUCUUCCACGCAGUCAACAGCGUGUGGUCCGGAAUCCCGGGCCACGCUAUUGAAGGCGGGGACCAGGGUCGCGGUGUCUUCGAAGGGUGCUACUUCGAAGAUGUUGUCGAGAUCGCCCCUGCUGAGCCUGAAAAUCAGCUUUUCAGUGCUAGUGACGAAAACGCCGCCUUGUGUGAGUCAGCGUUUGGCCGUGCAUGCCAACCCAAUGGCUACAGUGGCUCGGGUGCCUUUGACAGUUCCGAUACAGGGUUUUUUGGUGACUUCGCCGGGCUGACGAUUGCGCCGGCCGGCUCAGCAACGGACGCGUUGGGCUAUGUUCCUGAUAACUGUGGAAUUGGGCGUGUUUGA